AUGACCAUCCAAGCGGGCUCCAGGAUUCAAGAGAAAUACCAGCAGCUGGGAUGGAGAAGGGAUGGAACAGCGGAAGGAUUUCCAGAGAAACGAAUUUCCCUGAUGUUGCCAGUGUUUCAGCAGAUUGCUCUUUGGGACCAGGAACCUGAUCCCAGCUGUGCAGAAUUCUCCCAGCUGUGGCGAGAACCUGCCCUGUAUCGCUUGACCAACGGCCUACUGAUCAGUAUCGCCGAGAGGUAUGGCAGCGCAGACUACGUGGCCAAGAAUGGCCCCGACGUGGCCAUUCAGCAGGCGACGCGAAAUGUGGCGGCCGCCCUGUUUGGCUUCUCCGAUGAUCCCAAUGUGCGAUACUUGCGGGCUUUGCCAGAGGACCUGGUCUCCAGCAUCUUGCAGAAGCACGGCCUCGACUGA